UAAGCGUUGUUUGUAGGAAGAAGAAGAAGAAGCCGAUUCUGGAAGCCAUUACGUUGCGCAGAUCAAUUGAGUAAAUCCUACUAUUUUUGCGUACAAUACGCACAAUUGUAUUUUAAAAACAGGAAUUUAUUCAAAUAUGGCAUCGAAUACCAAAAAAAGAAAAAUGAAUUUUUCAGAGAGGGAGGUCGAAAUUAUUGUGGAGGAAAUAGAGAAACAAAAGCACACACUCGUUAACCACUUCAAUGCUGGAGUCACUCACAUAGCAAAGAAUAACGCGUGGAUAGAAAUUCUGAAGAAGGUGAACGCUGUAACAACAUGCCCAAGAGAGUUGGCUGAAGUCAAGAAGAAGUGGUCGGAUAUGAAGACCGAGGUGAGGCGCAAAGUGGCCCAGGCUAGGGCGGCAAUUGAGGAGACCACUACCGACUGCACUCCUGUUCCCGUCAUCCUCACUGCUAUGCAGCAGCGUAUUUGUAACCUUCUGGGAGAGGCGACUAUCAUCAGUUUACCUACUGGAGACCCAGAUGCUGAGAUAACUUUACCUGUUACUAUGAGUUCAGCCACCACCGUGACACUCACAGAGAGCCUUCAGACAGCUUCAGCAUCAUGCGAGGAGACUAAAUUAGAUGCCGAGACCACAUACCACACACUGGAGGAAGGCGGUGUGGUGGAGUACUGCACCACCACUGAAGCCACGCCCACCGUGGUGACCGCUGUGGAGUCGCAUCCGGUGGAGAUGCUGACGUCAGUGUCGUCUUCUCCGCCACACAGCCAGGCCAAGCCCCAGGAGCUGAAGAGCCGCAUCGCCCUCAACUCAGCCCGGCUCCUCCAAGAACAGCGGGUUACCAAUGUGCACGUGAGGCAGAUUGCCCAGCACCUGGAGGGCCAGAACGAGCUGCUGCAGAUGAUCCGGAGAUCCCAGGAAGCGCAGGCCUACGCCCAGGAGAGGCAGGCCCAGGCCCUGGAGGGAACCCAGGCAGCCCUGCUGGCCCUGGUUCAGAUGAUGAGGCCUGCUCUCAAGGACCUGAGGAAGUUCCUGCAGAGCGGGACUGACAACUCCAACAACAGCGCUGGGGCUGCUGCAGAGGGUUCAGAACAGAGGCCCAAGACCCCGCCUCCACAGCCAGCAGAUGAAGGCUAAUAAAGACUCAGUGUGUGUGUAUGUUUGUUUGUUUGCGUGUGAGAGAGAAUGAGAAAGUGUGUGUGUGUGCGUGCGUGCGUGAAUGAGAGGGUGUAUGAAAUGCAUUUGUGAGCUUGCUCAUGUUUGUGAGAGAGAAUUGUAAUGAGUUGAAUUAGAACAAGCAUUUAGGUUUAGGGUUGUAGUUCUAGAAAUACAUAUCUAGAUAGAGAUAAAUUGCUGUAUUGGUUGUAAAAUGAAGUUGACAUUUUCUGCUAUUGAUUGCUGUAAUUGACCCUAGCCAUACUGACUAAAAAGAGUAUACCGGAUUGUCAAAACCCUUUUUCUUCUUAGUCAGUAUGGCUAGAUUGACCCAGUUAAUAUUCUUUAUCAUAUGAUUUUGGAAUGAAGUACUUUUUUUCUUUACAGCCAGUGGGCCAUAGUUACAUCACAUUUUUACCUCUGUGCAGAAUUUGCUCGUUAUUUUCCAAAUCAAUGCAACAAAAAUAAACUCUUUCUUUAAAUAAUACCAUAAAA